AUGGCUUCAACGUUUUUGGGACCUGUUUCAUCUUUUUCUCUUGCAGCAAAGCAAGGGGACACUGCUAGUGCUCUUAUUACUAGUCCUCCUAGUGAUAGGCAUGGCAUUUCUUGUUCUUCUAUUUCUGCCUUGCCUUUGCUUUCAAGAAAGAAAAGAAACACGAGUCUUGUAGUUUCCGCCACUGCUGAAACCCUUACUGGUCUUAUUUUCCAGCCAUUUGAAGAGGUGAAGAAGGAGGACUUUGUUGUACCUAUUGCUCCUCAGGUUUCUCUUGCUCGUCAGUACUUUGCAGACGAGAGUGAAGCUGCUAUUAAUGAGCAGAUCAAUGUGGAGUACACAGCAUCCUAUGUAUACCAUGCCAUGUUUGCCUUUUUUGACAGGGAUUACGUUGCUCUUAAAGGCCUAGCCAAAUUCUUUAAGGAAUCAAGUGAAGAAGAAAGAGAACAUGCUGAGAAGCUCAUGGAGUAUCAGAAUAUACGUGGAGGGAGAGUAGUACUUCACUCUAUCUUGACACCCCCUUCUGAAUUUGAGCAUGUUGAGAAAGGAGAUGCAUUAUACGCUAUGGAAUUAGCAUUGUCUUUGGAGAAGUUGACAAAUGAGAAACUGCUGAGGUUGCACAAGGUGGCAUGCGAGAACAACGAUCCACAAAUGGCAGAGUUCGUCGAGAGAGAGUUUUUAGGAGAACAGGUUGAAUCCAUUAAGGAGAUAGCAGAAUAUGUUUCUCAAUUGAGAAGGGUUGGAAAAGGCCAUGUGCUUGUGGGCUUGCAGGAGUAUGGCACUUUGAUCAGAUGCUCCUCCACGAGGAUCAUGCUGCAUGAUGUGGAAGUAAAAUCUGCAACUGUUCUUGGUUCAAGUCUGUUUGUUGCUAUCGCAGGUCUAGGAUAUCUAUCUUUUCUAGAACUUUAA